CCGCGCCCCGGGACCAUGCGGCUCCGCAUCUACAAGCGCAAGGUGCUGCUGCUGCUGGCGCUGCUGGUGGCCGCCUGCGGCCUGGCGCUCUGGGGCAGCCACGGCCGCCAGCGCAGGCCCGAGCCCGCGCGGGACCCCGGCGAGCCGCCCGCGCCCCGCGCCGCCAGCCGGGCGGCCGAGCUCGCCGCCUCCGCCGCCAGCCGCCGGGCCGCCAACGCCUCGGCGCCGCCGCCCGGGCCCGGGCCCGGGCCCGAGCCGGCCAACCGCACGCUGGGCUACCGCGCGCUCGUCUACCAGCUGAACUUCGACCAGCCCGUGCGCAACCUGGCGCGCUUCCCGCGCCGCCCGCCCGCCGAGCUGGUGCUGGUGGUGCAGGUGCACGAGCGGGCCGAGCACCUGCGGCUGCUGCUGGACUCGCUGCGCCGGGCCCCGGGCGUGGAGAACGCGCUGCUGGUGCUGAGCCACGACCUGUGGUCGGAGGAGCUGAACCGGCUGGCGGCGCAGGUGGAGUUCUGCCAGGUGCUGCAGAUCUUCUUCCCCUUCAGCACCCAGCUCUACCCCCGCGAGUUCCCCGGCCACGACCCCCGCGACUGCCCGCGCGACAUCGACAAGGCGGCGGCGCUGCGCCUGGGCUGCAUCAACGCCGAGUACCCGGACUCCUUCGGCCACUACCGCGAGGCCAAGUUCUCCCAGACCAAGCACCACUGGUGGUGGAAGCUGCACUUCGUGUGGGAGCGGCUCCGGGCGCUGCGGGAGCACACGGGGCUGGUGCUCUUCCUGGAGGAGGAUCACUACCUGGCCCCCGACUUCUACCACGUCCUCAAGCAGCUUUGGGCGCUGAAGCAGCAGGAGUGCCCCGAGUGCCAGGUCCUCUCCCUUGGCAGCUACAACGUGGUGCGGGGGGGCUUCUCCGGCAAAGCCGACAAGGUGGAGAUGAAGACGUGGAAGUCCACCGAGCACAAUAUGGGCAUGGCCUUCAGCAGAGACACCUACCAGCAACUGAUCGAGUGCACAGAUGCCUUCUGCACAUACGACGACUACAACUGGGACUGGACGCUGCAGCAUUUGACUAUCUCUUGUCUUCCCAAAUUCUGGAAAGUGCUAGUACCCGAAAUCCCCAGGGUUUUUCAUACAGGGGACUGUGGCAUGCACCACAAGAAAUCCUGCAGACCAUCCACCCAGAGUGCCAAAAUCGACUCACUCUUAAGCAGCAACCAACAGUACCUGUUUCCUGAAACAAUGAGUGUCAGUAAAAGGUACUCCAUGGCACCUCUCUCUCCUCACGUGAAAAACGGAGGGUGGGGAGAUAUUAGAGACCAUGAACUCUGUAAAAGUUAUCGCAGACUGCAGUGAAAAUCAAACUCUCAAAUAGCCUCUCUUUUGAAUUAUUCCAUACUGUCUUAUGGACAAAAGUGAAUAAAAGAGUUUCUGCUUUAAGAUGAAUAAACAUUCUUGUAAAAGUUGUCCAAAACUA